AAUGGAAUCACCAAAUUAAAGAUAAGAAAUUGACGAACAUUAAAAUUAAGUUCAAUAACCAUAGACUCAUCUCAUUCAAUUAGAUAUAGAAGAAACUAAUCAACCACCAAUAAAAAGACCAGCUCCAAAAACAUUCGGGGAUUUAACAAUCAUAUUUAUAUUUGAAACUAUAGGAACAGGAUUAUUUGCAUAUGGUAUUGUGGCAUCAAAUGGAUCUGAUUUUUUGAUUGCAGCCUAUUUAUAUGCAGCAAUAUUUUUAACAUGCAAAUUUACAGGUGGACAUGUCAAUCCAGCAGUAUCAUUUAGUUUCUAUUGUGAUGAUACUAUUAGUUCAUGGACAUUAAGAAUCUAUUGGACUGCAUAAUUAUUAGGUGCAGUUGGAGGUGCUUGGGUUGCAUAUUUAAUAUUAGGAGUAGUGACAUCUCCUAGUAUUAAGAGUACAAACAUAGAAUGGAUGCUUGCUGAUUUAUGUGGAGAAGUACAUAUAUAUAUUUAAUAUAGGCUUUUGGAACCUUUAUGUUUGUUUUAUUCAUACAUAUUCAAGUUCAUGAAUAAACAAGAUAGACAAAUAAUGAUAUUGCAGGUAUAGCCUGGAUUGCUUUAGCUUUAUUCUUUUCUAGAUAGUUGUCAUCACAUUCUGGAGGUAUUUAUUAUAUUUCUAUUUAAGGUUGCUUAAAUCCAGCCAUGGGUGUAGGAUUGGAAUUAUUUGAAGCAUUCUGGUUAAAUGAUACAACUAAAUUAGCCAAUUUUUGGGUGUUUCUAUUUGCUCCACUAUUUGGGGCUUAUAUAGCAUAGAUUUUCUACAAUUCAAUAUAUUUGCCUUUAUUAAAAAAAUGAG